AUGGCUGAUGUAGAAUCUGUAGCCUACCCCAAGUUCUCGACCGUUCAGCGACAGUUUACUGGUGGCUUGAAGUACGAUGAGAAGGGCAAAUUAUUCCUGGGUGGAGAAAAGGAAAGCAAACGGUACAUCGGUAACGGCUCGAGCAUUGAUGAAGCGUGGAACGAGUUCGACGCUGUCCAAAAUAUCGAGCUAGAUACCGGGGAGGUUAAUGUCGAAGGUCUCUACAUCGACGGACGCAACAAAGCCAUCACUAUACCAGACGUUUUCCACCAGCUCCAUUGUCUCAAUCAAAUACGAAUCGCACUAUACGACCCGCAGUACCUUACGGACGUAAACAAUAAGCGACGGUUACACGUUGGUAAGACCAUAUAA